AUGGUUCAAGACACAUCGCCGUCUUCAGAGAUGUAUCUUUCCAAGUCGAAAAAUGGCGUGUGUGGAGGAUGGGGUAUGGAACUUGCUGACACUGGGGACGACGACGUUAACUACGCCGAUCUGCGAGAGUGCACGGUAUUAUGGGCUGUGAAUGUGCCAGGAGAGUCGCCGUGGUGUAGCACUGAGCUCGAUGGUCCAGAAGAUCAACAAGAGCGGCAAGAGUACUCUGCUGCCAUACGGUCUCAUGAAAUUACACUGGCGCACAAGUUUCCGCAUCCGACGGAUCCACAUGUUGGAGUGCAAGUGAAGAUAUACGACUCUAACUUUGGGUCCGAAGCACUCAAGUCUACAGACUUGGUUACCUUUGUCGGAAUCUUGACCACUGAGUCGUCAGUAUCUCUAACUUAUGCACCUUCCGAUCGUCUCACUGCGAGAGUUCGAUCUUCUAGCUCGAGUGUAGACAUCGACAGUACCGCCGAAGUGCCUACGCUGCAUGUCUUAUUCAUCCGAUCGCAUCCUCAUUCACUCAUUUCCCGGCCGUACCCAUGUGUGCUGCAAGAACCUCCUGCAUUGUAUACGGCACAACUUAGGGACGAUCUUCUUACAUGGAUAGCAGAGGAGGCAUUGGAUGGAGACCGUGAUGCUGCUGAAUGGGUUUUACUUGCAUGUAUAGCUCGCGUGCAAUCACGAAACCCUUCCCUUUUACCGCCCUCUCUGACUAUCACGCACUUUCCCCAACCUCCACCGAUACCAUCUACUAUCAUCACUCCUCGAGAGCCCAUUCCUACAUUAUCGCUACUUCUCCAAUAUCUCAUCCCUUUGACACGCACUCUGCCGCUCUCCCUCAACAUCUUGAAUAAGAAACUAUUAGCACCAGAAAGCAAGGACGAAGAUUUACACGCCGGUGCACUACAACUUCCGCAAGGUACUUUCCUACUUGUUACAGAGAGUGGUAUAAAAGAAGGCAAGCUUACCGAACAGGGCUAUCGAAACAUCCAUACCUUGCAGGAGGUCAUAUCGACGCAGACACUAGCAUAUGUUUUCCCGUUUUCGCAAUUCUCCUUCCAGACAGACAUGAGCUGUGUGGUUCUCAGCGAGGGAAGCAAGAGUGCAUUCUUCAAGACCGACCUCUCUUAUCCCAUCAGGACGACUCCUGCGGGAAGAGCAUCGCUGUACAAGCUCGAAGAUGAUGUUGUCCUCCCUCCUCCUGCGCGGUUGGCUGCUUUCAGAGAUUUUGUCGUCGGCGCUCGCUCGGGCAAGGUACAGGUUGACGAAGCAACAUCGGAGUACAUACAACGUGAUUUCGUCCGCGACCGGCAGCAGGACAAGUCGAUUACGUCUGAUGAUCUCAUAAGACGAAUGACUGUUGCGAAAUUGUAUGCAUUGUCACUGCAUGAGUCUACGCUCACAAUCGAGCGACCCUCGUUAGCAAGCGCAUGGGAGCCUUUCUACUCAAGUUCACCAUCAUUCUCAGCGCAUUCGACCACGUCCAUCGUUUCGUUGCAAGGGAAGACAGCGCUUCCCGGACACCCCAAAACUCUGCGCGAUUUGAGUCAUGUCACGGAAGUGCUCAUGCUCCCAUCCUCGUUUGGUGCAAUUCAGCUGGGUGAAACAUUCACUAGUUGUCUGUCUGUGAACAAUGAGGCCAGCGUUGAUGUGGAAUCGGUCACUUUGACGGUGGAAGUGCAAACUGCUUCCACGAAAGCUACUGUCGCCGAAUUCGGUGGGCCCGAUUUUCGACUAGCCGUCGGGGAAUCAUUGGAGAAGGUUGUCGGCCAUGAAAUAAAGGAACUGGGUCAACACGCUUUGGCUUGCACAAUCUCGUAUCGUCUUCCAUCCGGCAUCCGUGCCCCAGUAGCCCCAGCAGCUGAUUCAAACGAUCCAAAUUUGUAUGUUUUCCGUAAGUUCUAUAAAUUUGCAGUCACCAAUCCGUUAUCUGUUAAGACAAAAGUUCACGUACCUCGUGCACCGUCGGCUACGUUUUCCCGUGUGGAACGCGAGAAGGUGUUUCUCGAAAUACACGUUCAAAAUCUUACACAAGAUGCAAUGUGGUUGGAACGUAUGCGCCUUGAGUGUGCUGACGGUUGGAAGGCAGACGAUGCCAACCUAAUGAACGACGAGGAUGCUAGCGAAAGCGUCUUCUCCGGCUCCAUGGGUCUCAUGCAGCCGCACGAUAUGCGUCAAUACAUUUACAUCUUGUCACCCGUCAACCUGGCACUUUUUCCUACAGCACAUCAGCCCGGUAGUGUCGUGCCAUUGGGAAGAUUAGACAUCACAUGGAAGUCUUCAUUUGGAGAGCCAGGUCGCUUACUGACUUCAAUGCUAUCUCGACGGAUACCGCUCAUCCAAGCCCCACCGCAACUGCACCCCCCUGCAUCGGCUUCCAAGCAGCUUGCAUCAGCCAUACCGCUUCACUUGCAACGUGCUUCGUCUGUCGCUGCCACUCCCCCGCGCCCUCGUUCACCUCAGCUGCCCCAGCGACCCUUAAGUCCACCUGCUAAUGCUACUGGACCUGCGCCGUAUCGGCCUGGAUCACCGUUCCGCAACCGUACCUCAAUGCCUCCGUUAAAUUUACAACCUCUCAGUGUUCCCUCAUCACCCAAUCCAGCUAUCCGUCGUCAAGAUGAUGUGGAUGUUGAUCUUGUUAUCCGCAACAUUCCCCGCGCAGACAUCAAAGUGGAGAGUUCGUUCGUUGUUGACUUCACCCUCAACGUCUUGGCACUGGUCCCAAUCGCUCAACCUUCAGAAAUACAGAGCACCAGACUCCUCUCACUCGUGAUUCAGCACGUGCAGCGACGGCGGCAGGACUCUUCGUCAGCUGUCGCUGCAGAGCACAAAGAGGGCCCUCUCAGUCCCCGCCUACCUUCGUCUGGAUUCUCAUCACCCUCUCCAUAUGAAACGCCACAUCGUGCUGAUUUCCAGGACUUUCUGGCCCGAAGACUUCUUGUAGCGUCUCCGCGUCGGCUGAAUGCAGACGACGAAUCUAGUCACACAGAACUUGAUGGAGGCCGCGAUACACCUGCACCCGCUGAUGUUGGGGGGAACAGUGGCACUAUUGCGCUGCCUCCUCCAUUUAUAGAGUCGGAGGAGGAGAAGCAAGCUCCAUCUCCCAGUGUCGUGUAUUUGGGCAGUUCCGCCGUGUUUCUACCCCAGCUGCGUUUGACUCCUUCAGCCGAUUCGGUUUCUUCUGCUGCUCGCGGACAUCUCCCAGCCCAUGACAGAAAUAUCAGUACUAGUACUGUAGGCAGUGAUGCCGACAGUGAGUUGGAUAAUGCCAUCGGAAAUCCGGUGGCGAAGGUGGUGGUGUCGAAGGAUUUCCAAUUGUCAUAUUUACCUCUUCGACAUGGUUUUGCGACAUUCGGCGGACUAAGAGUUGUGUUGGUCGAGGACAGGCUGGUAGACGACAGUAACAGUGAAGCAGUUGGAACAAGAUGUUUCACUGCUGAGACGCGAGCGCUGAAAGAAUGGGGUGUUGUGGGCGAAGUAUGGGUACCCUCUUAA